AUGGCUAUCCUGUUCGCUGUCGUGGCGAGGGGCACGACCAUCCUUGCCAAACAUGCCUGGUGCGGAGGGAACUUCCUGGAGGUGACAGAGCAGAUCCUGGCGAAAAUACCAUCCGAAAACAACAAACUGACCUAUUCACAUGGGAAUUAUCUGUUUCAUUACAUCUGCCAAGACAGGAUUAUAUACCUCUGCAUCACGGAUGAUGACUUCGAGCGAUCCAGAGCCUUCACUUUCCUGAACGAAAUCAAGAAGAGGUUUCAGACCACGUAUGGCUCGAGAGCACAGACAGCCCUGCCCUACGCAAUGAACAGCGAGUUCUCCAGUGUCUUGGCAGCACAGCUGAAAUACCACUCGGAGAGCAAGGGCACCGACCAGGUGGCAGAGACGCAAGCUCAGAUUGAUGAACUGAAAGGAAUCAUGGUUCGAAACAUAGACCUUGUGGCCCAGAGAGGAGAGAAGCUGGAGUUGCUGAUCGAUAAAACAGAGAAUCUUGUGGAUUCGUCACUCACUUUCAAAACGACCAGCAGGAACCUUGCCAGAGCCAUGUGUAUGAAGAACCUCAAGCUCACCAUUGUCAUCAUCAUUGUAUCACUUGUUAUCAUCUACAUCAUCGUCUCGGCUGCCUGCGGGGGGCUCGCGUGGCCCAGCUGCGUGCAGAAGUAACUGGAGGCAGCCAGUGCUGGGCACUUGGAGAUGGGAAUCACAGGAGCGUGGAGAAGCAACCUAUGGCAUAACUCUUAGUCCUUCACUACUGACACCUUCUCAUUCCUCCAUCCCUCCAGGACUGAAGACUUUUUUGCCUUAUCACCCCGAACAGGCCCAGCAGGUCACCGCUCUGCAGCUGUAACCUCAAGAAUGGGCUGGUUUAAAUUACUUG